AUGCGUCUGUCAAGAUGGGCGCACCGAAUUCCCGGCCUAGCCGACCAAGGCUUCUAUGAGACCUUGUGCCGGGCAUCGUUUUUUGUAGUUGUCGUCACCAUCCUCGCGCAACGUAUUUUUGUGGGCAUCAAUGACCCCCAGCGCUGUGUCGCUCUGUUGUCUGGUGGCUCAUGGCCACCUCACGAUACUCUCGCUAGCUGGAGGCCAUACUUUAACAAGUGGGAGCCCCGUGGAUGCCGCAUGUACGAGUAUCAACCGGCCGAGAUGCAUGACUGUCUUUCGGGACGCAGCCUUGUCUUUGUGGGAGACUCGACUGUACGUCAGAUCUUUUAUGCCACAGCCAAGCGUCUCGAUAAGGUCAUCGCAGACGAGAUGCUCGUUGAUGUCCUGGUUUCGUCGAACCCACAGCAUGACAUCGAGUUAGAGAUUGACGGUGUGCGUCUCGUUUUCAUUUGGGAUCCGUGGCUCAACUCGACUGGUCUGGCGACAGAACUGCAAAAUUUCAGCCCGGGACCGCCAUCAUCCACACCAGCUGGGAGCAUUACGACAGAGACAUCCGCGGCCUUGUUGCUAGUGGGCGCACCCGGGUUGUGGGCGGCUCGCAGUGGCGGAGAGGAUUAUUUCGAAAUGUUUCAGCGCGGCAUCGACUCGGUCCGGCCAUGGCUGAAGGAUGGGAUCCAAGUCGAUUCCUCCGUCUCUGGCUACAAUGAUCUCCAAAACCGCAUUGUCGUUGCUCCCGUACAGAUCCCGCAGUACUGGAAACUGGCACCGGCACGAGCAGAAUCUCUCACCAAGGAGAAGAUUUCACAUAUGAACGCCUACCUCGACGCAUUACCUGGGCAAGAGGCCUCUCACAUUGUCACGGCAUACAAUCAGAUGACACGCCCUGGAACGCGGUUCGCCUUCGAAGACACCGGUAUCCACGUCCGCGAGGCACUCGCAGAUCGCAAGGCCGAUAUUCUCCUCAACCUGAGGUGCAACGGAGGCCUGGUCCGUCAGUCCAAAGAUCACCGCAAUCAGGAGACAUGUUGCUCAGCCUAUGAGCCUCUUCGGAGAGUUCAUUAUCUCGGAAUAAUUGUUGCCUUGCUCGCUGUGGCCGUCAUCGGUAUUCGCUACAGUUCAAUGCAGUCAACCCUUGCUGGAAAUUACCAUGCGAAACGUCGUCACGACCAGCCACAUGCACAACGAUUUCACUUCCCCUUUGCAUUGUUAGGGGUCAUAGUGUACUGCUACCUUGCCGAUCGAACGCAACUGUUCCCAAAGUCCGCGAAGCGGUUGAGCGCCGGGGGGCUUGCCAUCUCUCUUAUAGUAGGCGGUGCUGUUGCCGUCGUAUCUCUGCGCAGAUGGCGCCCUAGUCCUGUUCCCAGUCACAGUAAUGACAGAAAAAGGCCAGGAUCGGUCCCGCCGCUAAAGCCCAGACAAAGAAAGCUUCCGAGGCUCGAACCUGAUGAAGACCCUGGCUUUCUACCUCGCGAGCUGACUGAAGAGUGGAAGGGAUGGAUGCAGGGCCUUCUUCUGAUUUUCUCUUACCAAGAUCUCUCAGACCAGUUGUGGGCUAACAAACUUUCUCGCCUGCCACCCGCUGCCUAUCUGUUUAUUCUAGCAUACGGCCAUACCACAUACUUCUUGCGGACAGAUGACUACUCGUUCAAGAGGGUUGCCAGUGUCAUCUGGCGCCUGAACGCGCUUCCAUUUCUAGUUUCGAUGGUCAUGGACGCCACGGGAGGCUUCUAUUCAUUUCCUAUAUUGGCAACCUUCUGGUUCGUCAUCACUUAUUGCACACUUAGAUGUUGCCAGCGCUUCAACUCGAAUCCGACGGUAGUGCUGCUCAAGAUAUGUCUUGCUGCCGUGGUUACAAUAAGCCUUGUCCACACAGACUCGAUUUUUGCCGUCAUAGGCUGGAUUAUAAGCCACGCAGUUCCCAACGUAACACUUAACGACGGUGCCGUACGCCAAAGAAUUGAACUGGACCGCUUGGUCCCGUUCCUCGGCAUGAUGGUUGCCGUAAUUUCCCAUCGCGUUAGCGUCAUCAAGGCGUCCUACGCACGACUGCACGAACAGCGAGCACACCAGCUUUCACCACUGCCAGGAACCCCAAUGAACGCCGUAUCAAGCAAAUCCCUCCGUUACGAUGCGACGGUAUUGGUAACAGCUACAGGCCCGAACACUCUCGAUCGCAUGAUUGCAACUCUUUUGUUUCCUGACGACCUGGCAUCAUGUGUCGUCUGGCCGCUCAUUGUUGCGUCACUGGUGCUCGCCGGCUUCGGCCUUUUUUUUACGCUGACCUUCGCAAUUCCGGGCGCCUUCUCCAACAUGGAGAUCUAUGAUUACUGGCACCCAUAUAUUUCGUGCCUCCCCGUCCUCGCAUAUGCAUUGCUACGCAACGUACAUCCCUCACUUCGCCGUGUCGGUUUGCCAGUCUUGGGCGCCCUGGGUCGUAUUUCGCUCGAGACUUACGUGCUGUGUCAUCAUUUGUGGCUAGCCGGUGAUGGUAGGAGCCUUCUCAGGCUUGGACUGGCCCGCCGCGCGGGGCUGGGGCGGUACCAGCAAAACAGACCCUUCGCAGUGGCUAGUUGGGUGGCCGAGAGCUUGGUCAUCGGUGUUGUUUUUAUCUGGUUCAGCUGGCAUGCCAAGCAGGCCGUGGUAGAGCUCGGAAGAUGGGUUGUGGGUGAUUCUGGCGCCGCGCCGCAAACCUCAGGGAACAGUCCUUCGGGGAGCAGGAACGACCUCGAGAGCGGCUCCUACAGGUCCGGCACGUCCAACCGUGCAAAGCCGGACCUUUCAGUCCCAAAUCAUAUCAUCAACGGAAAUCUAUCACACCGGGACCACUCGAAAUCGCGGAUCACAAAGGUGAUAGCCAGUACAGGCAGUACCAAGAUCAGAGUUGGCGUUGUGGUACUUGUGCUCUGGUUGAGCCUUUUCUUGUAUUAA